AUGGCAACUUCGCAGCACUAUCUCUGGGCAGGUGGACACUUCUUACUCCUUCUCUCAGGGUUCCGUUAUCUUCUAGCAUGGAUUAUGUUUAAGAGCGUCUCGUCCUGGUGGUACAAGGCUAGCUUCCUUGGCGCCCUAAUGUCUUAUUUCAUUACUCCCCAGCCGAACAUGGCGUAUGUCAGAAGGGCCCUCGCAGAUGAGAACGUGCAAUACUUUUUGUUGGCUAUCUUCUGGUGGACUUCCAGGCCGGUCACCAUCGCAUUGCUUCCUUACUUUGUGUUUUCCCUUUUCCACGGACUGACGUUCACUCGACCACCUCAACCUCACCCCUUGGCGAAGAAACUCCACCUUUGGGUGAAAGCUAACUACGAUACUGCCAUGCGUAUCGUGGCCAUCACCGAGCUCGUCAUCUUCGCGCGUGUCCUCUUUGGCGCUCUUUUACUCCGCAACUCGCUCAUGAUGCCGCUGGUGUAUGCCAACUUCCUCCAUCAGCGUUACUUCCAUUCGCAAUUCACGCGUGAUGCCAUUACGCUUGCGGAUAAACGUAUUACGGAUCUCUCAAACCACCCUUCGGUUCCACCAAUGGUGGGUCAAGUGUGGGUGCGCGCGCGGGAGCUGGUUGUCAGGUGGGGCGGCAGUGCCGUCGUUGAGCCUGCUGCCGCCAGGAGGGAUUGA